CAUCACAUCGUUGCCACAGAUGCGACCCCAGAGGAACCAAAAAGGGGAGAUCAAAAAUAUCAAAUCCACACGUUAAAACGGCCCCCUCUCACUUUCCGUCUCCUCGCCAAAACCCCGCGUCGUCUCGCCCCGCGCGCGCUUCCGUAGCACUUGAACAGCAAUGCGCCCGCCCAUGUGAGUGAUGAGUGACCUUCUCGCUCCCAUGUGACCGCUCUGAAUGCCACUGCACCUCGGCACGCUCCCCCACUCUUCUCCCCGUGAUCCCAAGCUAGCUCCCUUGGGCAAAUCACUCUCUUCCUUCUUCUUCCUCCAGCCAGCUCCUCCGGUACUACAGCAUCCUCACCCCAGAUCGCAGCCCAAGCUCGCCACAUGAUGACCCCGCUCGCCGCGCCACCGCGGCGCCUCCUCCUCCAGCCAUUCCUUCUCCUCCUCCUCCUCGUCGCAACAGCGGCGCAGGAGGGCGACUCAUCCUCCCCAUCGACCGCCCGGUUCGCCGCGCCGUCCUCAUGGCCGUUCCCGUCCCCACAACUCCGGGCCGCCUACGCGGCGCUCCAGCAAUGGAAGCAGACCGCCAUCUUCUCCGACCCGUCAAACUUCACCGCCAACUGGCUCGGCCCAAACGUCUGCGCCUACAACGGCGUCUACUGCGCGGCCUCCCCGACCACCCCGGGCUACCCGCUCGUGGUCGCCGGGAUCGACCUCAACCACGCCGACAUCGCCGGCUACAUCCCGUCCUCCCUCCCGCUCGGCGUCCCCGACCUGGCGCUCCUCCACCUCAACUCCAACCGCUUCUGCGGCAUUAUCCCGAGCACCUUCCGCGCGCUCACGCUCCUCCACGAGCUCGACCUCAGCAACAACCGCUUCGUCGGCGCCUUCCCGGACCCCGUCCUCGCCUUGCCUUCCCUCAAGUACCUCGACCUCAGGUUCAACGACUUCGAGGGCGCGAUCCCGGGGAAGCUCUUUUCCGUCCCGCUCGACGCCAUCUUCCUCAACUCCAACCGCCUCCGCCACGGGAUCCCGGGGAACCUCGGCGACUCCCCCGCCUCCGUCAUCAACCUCGCGCAUAACGAUCUCGGCGGCUGCAUCCCGCCGUCGAUCGGGAAGAUGGCCGGGACGCUGGAGCAGAUCGUGCUGAUCGAUGACGCGCUUCAAGGGUGCGUGCCGGUUGAGGUCGGGUUGCUGAAGAAGGUCACCGUGUUUGAUGUCAGCGGGAACAAGCUCCAGGGCGGGAUCCCGGCGGCGGUGGGUGGCAUGGCGGCCGUCGAGCAGCUGGACUUCGCCGGGAACCUCUUCCAGGGUGCCGUGCCGAUAGGCGUCUGUGGGCUUGCUUCGUUGAAGAAUUUUACUUAUGCGGAUAACUUCAUCACGGGCCGGCCUGGGUGCGCCCAGGCUAUGGCGGAUGGUGCGUGGAACUGUAUCCCUGGCGCGCCGGCGCAGAGGCCGGCGGCGCAGUGCGCUGCUGUGAUGGCCAGGGGGGUGUUUGACUGCAGCAAGGCGCAAUGCCAGAGUGGUGCUGGUGGGGGAGGAGGACCUUCGUCGGGCCCGGUGUUGCCGCCGUCUGGUGGGACGACUUCGCCCUCGUACCCGGCGCCGCCCAAGGGAGGAUCUGCGACUCCGUCCUACCCGACGCCGCCGUCGAGCGCCAGUACGCCGUCGUACCACGCGCCGCCGCAGGGACCCACCACCACCCCUUCGUCGCCACCUAAGGGCUCGGCGCCGCCGUCGAGCUCAAGCACCCCUUCGUCACCACCGAAGGGCUCCAGCACGCCGCCGUCACCACCGAAGAGCUCCACCACGCCUUCAUACCCGACGCCGCCGUCAAGCUCCAGCACGCCUUCGUCCCCACCCACGCCGUCGUACCCGACGCCGCCAUCGAGCUCCAGCACGCCGUCGUACCACUCGCCGCCGACGCCAGCAGCCGGCGGGGCGCCGCCCUCGCCGACCUCGUCGAACAAGCCGGGCUCGCACUCCGCGGCACCGCCGGGCAGCUCGUACGGCCCUACCCCCUCAACGCCGCCAUCUUCCUCCUCCGGCUCGACGCCGCCGGGCUCCUACGGGCCCAACCCGUCAACCUCAACGCCGCCAUCGUCCUCCUCCUCAAGCUCACCGCCGCCUUCCUCGGGCGGCCAGCACCAGCCAUCGCCGCCCACGGGGUACCCGGGCUACGCGCUGCCACCCCACGCGCCGGGGACCCCCGGCGCCGCCGGCUCGCCUCCGUCGCACACGCACCCGAGCACCCCGUCGUCGCCCGAGCACUGCGCGCCGCCGUCCAAGGGCGGCGCCACCGGCCGCCACCCGCCGUCCUCCGGCGGGAACCUGCCGUUCCCGCCGGUCUACGGCGUGGCGUACGGGUCGCCGCCGCCGCCGGUGAAGCCGUACAACUAGUCCUCUCCCUCGACCCCAUCGCCGGAGCAGCCGCCGCCGCCAGACACCAGUAUAAUAUACUCCACCUCAAUCUUUCUACCUCUCCCCUCCGCAUGCCCCUAGUAAUUCUCUUUUCAGCUUUCAAUUUUCUUCUUCUUCUUCUUCUUCUUCUUUGUUGUUGCGAGCGUCAAUCUGCAGAGAUUGGAUUAAAGAGGCCCCUCUCUCCUAUGUAUUAAUUCUUUCUCCGAUGAAUGGAUUUAUUGAAUUAAAUUGAUUUGGAGUUGGACGUGCAA